AUGACGUUAAAAUAUCUUACUCAACAACUUGCAAAAACUAUCGAUGAAGAAUUGAUGUCACAAGCUGGUGGUUUUUCUAUAGACCAGCUUAUGGAACUUGCUGGUUUAAGUGUUGCUCAAGCAAUUGCCAAAGUAUAUGAUAAUUUAAAAUAUCCACGUGUUUUAAUUUGUUGUGGUCCAGGAAAUAAUGGAGGAGAUGGUCUUGUUGCUGCGCGUCAUCUUUUUCAUUUUGGAUAUAAACCAAAUAUUUUUUACCCAAAACAAACCAAGAAUGAAUUAUAUCAGCGAUUGAUAGUUCAAUGUGAUAAUCUCAAUAUUCCGUUCACAAAUAAUUUGUCUAACCAACUUAAGCAAAGUGAUCUAGUAAUAGACGCUAUAUUUGGAUUUAGCUUCAGUGGUGAAAUAAGAGCACCUUUUGAUCAAGUUAUUCAGAUGCUAAAAGAAACAAAACUACCAAUUGCUUCAAUUGAUAUACCGUCUGCAUGGGAUGUUGAGAAGGGCAAUAUUAAUGGUCGUGGUUUUACGCCAGCGAUUUUGAUUUCUUUAACAUCUCCGAAACUCUGUGCAAAACAGUACAAUGGGAUACAUUUUCUUGGUGGCCGAAACUUAGAGAAAAAAUAUGACCUUCAGCUCCCUUUAUAUCCCGGUACUGAUCAAGUAAUAGAUAUUACCAAUGUGUCGGGUGAAAAAUUAUAA